CCGUUGGGUCCUGCUGGCGGAGAUGUCAUUGAGCGCAGGCAGCAGUUACUCAACUCUGUUAUGGAGAAUGAAGCUCGUUUGAGUCGAGAGUGACCGGGGUCUGUGUCGAGAGUUACCGGGACCUGAGACUGGAGUGACCGGGGUCUGUGACCGUGUUCUGGCCCGAUGGCAGCGCUGUUCUCCCCGGCGGCCGCUGCUUCUGUGCGCUGCGGGAUCAGAGCUCUCCUGCGCGGCGUCAACCGUCGAGGAGCCGCGGGACUCACUGGAGCUCAGCCGCCGUGUUUAUCCCUGAAGCUCCUGAAAGCGGUGGCAUCCACGAGGAGUCCCUGCCGGAUCCCGAUCUCCUCUUACUCCACGGAGGCUCCUAAAGAUGGGAAAGCCGGCAGACCAGGAGGAGGAGGAGGAAGGAAAGGAGGGAAGAAGGACUGGAAGAGUCGAUUAAUGCAGGGAGACGUGCCGUGGGACGAUAUGGACUUCCUCUAUGCCCUGGUGUUGGCGGGUGGAGUCGUGUCGCUCCUGCUGAUCCUCUACUUCAGAGACCCGGGCCGAGAGAUCACCUGGAAGGACUUUGUGCAUCGCUACCUGGACCGAGGGCUGGUGGAGCGUUUAGAGGUGGUGAACAAGCAGUUUGUGCGGGUGAUCCUGGUCCCCGGGGUCGACGCCUCUGAAUCUAGCUACGUGUGGUUCAACAUCGGCAGCGUGGACACGUUCGAGAGGAACCUGGAAGCGGCGCACUACGAGCUGGGUCUGGAGCCGUCACAGAGAGCAGCAGUUAUAUACACCUCAGAGAGCGACGGGUCUUUCCUGAUGAGUUUCAUCCCCACGCUGCUGCUGAUUGGCUUCCUGCUGUUCACUCUGCGGCGUGGGCCAAUGGGAGGAGGGAUGGGCGGGGGAAGGGGCGGGCCCUUCAGCAUGAGCGAGUCCACCGCCAAGAUGAUGAAGGACAACAUAGACAUCAAGUUCAAGGACGUGGCGGGCUGUGAAGAGGCCAAGGUGGAGAUCAUGGAGUUCGUCAACUUCCUGAAGAACCCGCAGCAGUACCAGGACCUGGGAGCCAAGAUCCCCAAGGGUGCUGUGCUGUCCGGUCCUCCAGGAACGGGUAAAACGCUGCUGGCUAAAGCCACCGCCGGAGAAGCGAACGUUCCCUUCAUUACGGUCAACGGCUCAGAGUUUCUCGAGAUGUUCGUCGGUGUCGGUCCAGCCAGAGUCCGAGACAUGUUUGUGAUGGCGAGGAAGAACGCCCCGUGCAUCCUCUUCAUCGAUGAGAUCGACGCGGUGGGCCGGAAGAGGGGUGGCGGGAACUUCGGCGGGCAGAGCGAGCAGGAGAACACACUGAAUCAGCUGCUGGUGGAGAUGGACGGUUUCAACACAAGUACGAAUGUAGUAGUUCUGGCCGGCACGAAUCGGCCGGAUGUGCUGGACCCGGCGCUGAUGCGGCCCGGCAGGUUCGACAGGCAGAUUUACUUGGGACCUCCUGAUAUUAAGGGUCGGGCAUCCAUCUUCAGAGUUCACCUGCGGCCGCUCAAACUGGACCCCGGUGUGGACCGGGACGCCAUCGCCAGGAAGAUGGCCGCCGCCACGCCUGGCUUCACCGGUGCUGAUAUUGCAAAUGUCUGUAAUGAAGCCGCUCUCAUUGCUGCCAGAUACCUGAAUGAGUUCAUCGGUGUUAAGCAUUUUGAGCAGGCCAUCGACAGAGUCAUCGGAGGGCUGGAGAAGAAGACUCAGGUAUUACAACCCACUGAGAAAAAGACUGUAGCCUAUCAUGAAGCAGGCCAUGCCGUCGUGGGCUGGUUCCUCCAACAUGCUGACCCACUGCUCAAGGUUUCCAUAAUUCCUCGAGGUAAAGGCCUGGGCUAUGCACAAUACCUCCCGAAAGAGCAGUUCUUGUACACCCGCGAGCAGCUCUUCGAUAGGAUGUGUAUGAUGCUGGGCGGGCGAGUGGCCGAGCAGGUGUUUUUCGGGAGGAUCACGACUGGGGCUCAAGACGACCUUAAGAAGGUCACGCAGUCAGCGUACGCUCAGAUUGUGCAGUUUGGCAUGAGUGAGAGAGUGGGUCAGGUGUCCUUUGACCUUCCCCGGCAAGGAGAGAUGGUCCUGGAGAAGCCCUACAGCGAGGCUACGGCAGAGCUCAUUGAUGAGGAGGUCAGAAAUCUGGUGGACCGGGCCUUUCAGAGAACACUGGAGCUCGUCUCUGAGAAACGAGAGCAGGUGGAGAUGGUUGGAAAGCGUUUGCUGGAAAAAGAAGUUCUCGACAAAGCCGACAUGGUGGAGUUGCUGGGAGCCAGGCCGUUCGAGGAGAAGUCCACGUAUGAGGAUUUUGUGGAGGGCACUGGCAGCUUCGAGGAAGACACGAGUCUUCCGGUUGGGUUGAAGGACUGGAACCAGGAGAGAGGAGAGAUCCAGGAGGAGCCUCCAGCUUCACGGGAAAAACAGGCUGCUUGAAUGAACGCCGCCCGCCUCCGAGACUGCCUUACUGUGGGAAAGGAGAGGCUUCUGGGCUGAAGAAAGGAUUUGUGAAUUUUGUUGGUAUUUGCAUUUCUCUUCCCUUCUUAAUUCUAAGCAGGGGACAUUUAUUGAAUUUGAAAUGCCUUAAUGCAAAGAUUAUGUCGCCAUAACCUAUGCUGGAUAAACUUUAACCACUGGACACCACAAAAUCUUUAUCCUUUUAGUUAUUUCUUUUACCCUUUGAUUUCUGCCAUUAUAUCAUAAACUGAAUUUUAUCCUUUUAGCUGCUCUUCCUCUUAAUAGAAGUGGAAGAAACUACUGUAUAUUUGUACAAUUUUCAUUUGUGUGUUCCAAGAAAAAAAUGUUUUGAAAAAGAAAUUUAAAUUAAAUGAGUCCUUUCAUAUA